GUCUAUCAACCCCUGCCGGAUCGACUAGUUGGUGCUGGACCCGCAUGAAAUCCCAACCGCAGGAACCAUAACCGAAGCCACCCUUGGCCUUGCAUUUGCCAUUCCUUGAACGACACGACACAACACACCCAUUCCUGGACACCUGCCAGCUGCCUUGUCUUGCUUGUCCCGAGCCAUCUUCCUCGCUCGUAGCCGCACCGCAGCUCUACUCGAUACAGCUUUCUGCGAUUGCCUGCCCUGUCCCCCCUUCCGGCGCAAACCAGUAUGCCAGGGGGCGUCCUAUAGGCUCGAUCAACCCUCGAUCCAUCCCGCGAUCUCAUCUCUGAUAUCUUCCGUCUCCCUCUUGUCUGCCUCGCCUGCAACGAACCGACCAUGUAUGCGCCUGCUUAUGGAUAUGGCCCGGGAAACAGCAACAGUCCUUCGCCCUUCAACCCCAAUGGCGCCCCUCCAGUGCCGCCCCAUCACCCCCACCAACAGCAACACCAGCAGCAACACCAGCAGCAACAGUUGGGCCAACCUCAGCACAUGAUGUAUAACCCACAGCAGUAUGGCGCUGGUCCUGGGCAAGGACAUCCUCAGUCGCAAUUCCCUGGCGCUCCGGGGCCGAGCAUGGGUGGGAACCCGGGUGCAAUGGGGAUGAUGCAGAAUAACGGUAUGGCGCAGAUGGCUGGUGGACACGUGCCUCCAUAUCAGACUCCAUACUCGAGCUCCCCAUACGGGGGUAAUGUACCUACAUCAACCACCGCCAACCUUCCGCCGAACUUCAUGCCCCCGACAUCUGGAGCACCUUCGUUCCCAAUGAACUCGAUGAACAUGAAUCCUCAGCACCAGGCCCAGCGAAUGCAACCCCCUCCUCCUUCAUCGACACCCACACAGCCUGGUCCAAGAGCGUCACCGUUUGCGGGUGGGCCUCAUAAUACCCCUCCGAACGCUGGUCCACAAUCACAGUUCUCACCUCCUCAGCAAGCAAGCCAGGCACAUCUGCAAACACCAAACAGCAACCAGCAGCAGCAAGCUCCAAGCGGUACUAUCCUCACACCACAAACGCCAAACUUUCCGCCUGGGGCGCAAGGCGCGAACGCUGGUCAAGCUAUGUCCACACCAUUAAGUCCUAAUUCUGAAUCGCGAGAGAAGGAAAGGGUGACCCUUCUGCUGGAUAUCAACCGAGAAUUGUUGUUGGAAGUCAUGAAGAUACAAGCGCAAGCUGCUCAGGCUGAGGCGAAGAAGGAGGAAUCAGCACCAACCGCUGCUUCGCCGGAAGGGGCUGACAAAGAGAAGACUGAGCAAGAGAAGGCCGACAAGGAGAAGGCUGAUAAGGAGAAGGCUGAGAAGGCCAAACCUACCUCGAGGGACUAUUUCGAAUGUAUGCGCCGACUUCAAGCGAACCUGGCAUAUCUCGCUGCUAUAGCCGAUCGAUCACACAAGCCAUCUUCCCAGAUUCCUCCUCAUCCUGCAACUAUGACUGCACCACCUCUCACCUCCAAAUCAGCCUCAGCAGGUUCACCUAAACAAGAUUCGAAGAAUGAAGAAUCGGACGAGAAGAAAGGGGAAGAAAAGAAACCAGAAGACGACGAUAACAGAGCCGAGAUCUUGAAAGAGCAGUAUAAGAGAUUGCAGGCAUUAUUUCCAGGGGUUGAUCCGAAGAAAGAGGCUCAAAUGCAAGGAAAUAAUCCAGCGCUAAGGGCACAAGCACAACAACACGCCGCGGCGCAAAUGCAAAAACAGCAACAGCAGCAGCAAGGACAGGGUCAGGGUCAGGGUCAAGGACAAAAUCAGGGCCAGGCACAAGAUCCGAAUUCUCAGCAAAAGCUUCAGAACGAUCUUCUUCGGCAGAAGAUGAUGAUGCAGCAGCAAGCUCAGCACAAUGCACAACAACAAAUGGCGCAGAAUAUGCAAAAUAUGAGCCAGCAACAGCACCUAGGUCAAAAUCGUCAGGGUUGAUAGAGUGUAUUAUGUGGCGCGGGAUAUGUCGGAAUCUAUAUAAUAUAAUGGGUUUGGGAAGGAACAAUUGGAGUUUGUGAAACGAGGAGCUGUUGCUUGGCUGGGUAGGGUAACGCGAUGGUGGCAUUUUGGUGUAUUAUACCAGGCGCUUGAGAUGCCCUUUGAGACUUUGGGGAGGGUGCUUGUAGAUGGAUAGUGGAAAAUAGUGAUAAGCUGGAUGGGUAUGAGGAAAAUGAAAGUUCUAUGACUAUGGCGUCUGCGGGAUCUAUUGUUACUUUUGGUGUACCUAGUCCGGACAAUGGGAGUAGAAAGCCUGUACGGAUUACCAUAUGUUUAACAAGCCAUGGUAAAAUUACAAAUAUCAAGUCAUAAUUUCAACUUCAUGAAGGCAAUAAACCAACGCUUAAAUGUACAUUCCCUCUAUUCUACAUCACUCCGAGCUAGUACUGAAGUAAUAUCCAUCCCACAAAUACAAAUAAUCAUCCAACACCCCACUCACCAGACUAGGUAGUUUCUCACUAGCACUAUGCAAGAACCCCUUGGUGACAUUCUCAUAGAAUGCACCACGCAUCGCCCACCAGCCCAUCGCCCACCCCCUCUUACCCCACUGCUCUCUUUCUAGUGCCGUAGUCCUCAAACCAUCCUUCCUUAAUUGCCUAGCCGCGUACUCGAUACUCAAACCUAUCAGCCACGGCUGCCAAUUCUUCUUGUCCCUGCUCCGCGACAUCGCGAUGGCAUAUACGACCGGCUGUAAGAUAUGCAGGAGUUCUGCUAGUUGUGCCGAACCAACAGUCUUGUUCAACAACGCGUUCGGCGCCUUGAUGUCGUCUGCCGUGAGGACCUUCGAGAGCAGAUAGCUCGAGAUAUCGCUCGGGUUCGGCAGUGACGGUAAACUCAACCCCGUCCUCUUCAUCCUAUACUCCUUCUCCACCCCUCUCGGCCUCUUCUCCCUCUCCCUCUCACUCAUCUCACUAAACCCCUCAUCCUCAAAACUGCUCGCCUCCCCAAAAAUUCCAUCAUCCUCACCCUCCGCCUCUCCCUCAACAUCAGGAAUGACUUCCCUUUCCGGCAGCGGUGGCGUUACCAGUGGUCUCGAAUUCGUGAUCUUCAAUAAACAUAGCCUACACACCGCCUUGAUAAGUUCUAAUAUAACCACCACUCGCCAACGCACCCGUUCCCCUUUUCGCUUCGCCAUCAUCUCCCAUAGCAGCUGCGUGUACUGCACGACCGCCAGGGCCGUCGCAACCCUGCGAUAGAAGCGCGAAUGCCCAACCCAGAACUUCGUGUACCGAUUAUGGCUGCUCUGCUGCUGUGGUUGGCGUGGCAUACCUGGCAAUUUUGCGACCGCGCGCGAAAGUAGUGUGUCAUGGUAUAAGGAGAGGAGUUGGAUAGAGGAGUGCAGCGAUUCCGAGGCGAGUUCGGCGUCGCGGAAGCGGCCUGGGAUGAUGUAGGUUAGGGAGCGGAGGGCGGAUUCGAUUUGUGUUACGGAAGAUUGGUUCUUGGUUAUGAAGUUGCUGUAGAGAGAGAGGAUGUGUUUUGGGGAGGGGGGCGCGCGUAGUGGUGGGAGGUGGGUCUGCGCGGUUGCUUUGAGGGUUUCCAUUUUGUUUGUUGUUUGGUUGGUGUUGCUGCUUGCUGGUAAGGACCAGCCAGCCAGCCAGUAUGAGAGAUAGGUUGUAAAGGAGUGUAGGGAGUUGGACGGGUGGAGAGAGUGAGGUUGAUGGGGUUGUGAAUGUAAUG